GAGCUGGCCAUGAGCCACCAAGUAUAUAUGACCAGAACAGAAGAGGACCACUGCACAUCGUAAGUGGGGAGCCAUGAAUUCUAAGGUGAUUUUGCUGUGUUAUUUGGCGGCUGUAGCCUCAGCCACCCCUGACAGACCAGGCUACGGGUACCCUGCCCCUCCACACCCCUAUGGUCCUCCAGAACCAUCCUACCAUCCUCCCGAGCCAUCCUAUCACGCCCCCCCUCCGAAGCCUUCCUACCAUGCUCCCGAACCAUCGUAUCAUGCUCCAGCUCCAUCUUACCAUGCUCCUGCUCCUUCUUAUGACAAGGGAAUGCCCUUCGACUUCGCUUACGCAGUCGUCGAUCCCUACAACGGCCUCGACUACGGCCACAACUCCAACUCCGACGGGAAUGUGGUGACGGGAGAGUACCGAGUCCUCCUCCCCGACGGUCGCACCCAGAUCGUCUCUUACACCGCCGACCACUACAACGGGUACCAGGCGACCGUCCGGUAUGAGGGAGAGGCCCAGUACCCGGAACCCCAGUACUACAAGCCCGCCCCUAAAUACCCAGCUCCCGCAUACCCUGCUCCAGCGCCUGCCUACGGACCUCCAGCUCCCUCCUACGAGAAGCCCAAGCCCAUCUACCCAUCCCCCCACUACUAGGACCCGAGAGCUUUCGUUAGGUUUAAGGCGUUAUUUAUUUAGAAAUAUAUUAGAGAGCAUUUG